AUGUCAUGGCGAAGCGACCCCACAGGCACUCAUUUAGGAAGCAGCCGAAGUCAUUCGCUUUCGAUCACUGUUUUUAUUCGACCGAUCCCAAUGACUCGUCUUAUGCUGUUUUGCUCUCAUGACCGUGUCCUUAUUUCAGAUCAAGAUGAAGUGUUCAAGCACGUUGGUUCUGGCGUUUUGAACAAUGCGUUCUCGGGUUAUAAUGCAUGCAUUUUUGCGUACGGACAAACUGGUUCUGGAAAGAGCUACAGUAUGAUGGGUACGAAGGAGAAUCCGGGUAUAAUACCACGCUUAUGCAAUGCCAUUUUUGAGCGAAUCGUUGAAGCAUCCUCUGAAUCGUUGGCAUUCAAGGUUGAGGUUUCAUACAUGGAAAUAUACAAUGAAAGAGUUCGCGAUCUUCUUGAUCCUAAAAAUUGCAGAACGACGAAGAAUCUGAAGGUUCGAGAGCAUAAAAUACUUGGACCUAUGGUCGACGGACUGUCCGUUCUAGCGGUUUCAUCCUACGAGCAAAUCGCCUCUCUGAUAGAAGAGGGCAAUAAAUCGAGGACGGUUGCCGCAACGAACAUGAAUGCUGAAAGCAGUCGAUCGCAUGCGGUUUUCAACAUUCGUCUCACUCAAGCACUUACCGAUAUUGAAAAUGGAUUCACGGGUGAGAAGAUGAGCAAGAUAUCGUUAGUUGACUUGGCGGGUAGCGAACGGGCACAGAAAAGUGGUGCUGUUGGGAAACGACUCGAAGAAGGUGCUAACAUCAAUAAAUCGCUCACAACGCUUGGGAUGGUCAUCUCAGCACUUGCCGAACGUUCUCAUUCUCAUUCUGGCAAACAGAAAUUUGUGCCGUAUCGUGAUUCAGUGCUGACAUGGCUCCUCAAAGACAACCUUGGUGGAAACAGUAAAACUGUGAUGGUUGCCACAAUAUCACCAUCUGCCGACAAUUACGAGGAAACUCUGUCAACUCUUCGGUAUGCGGAUCGUGCGAAGAAAAUCGUUAACCAUGCGAUUGUGAAUGAGGAUCCAAACGCCAAAGUGAUUCGUGAAUUGAGAGAGGAAGUUGAGCAACUGCGAGCGCAGAUCAACUUAACUGUUAAGGAACACAACGAAACUGAAGAGUUACGUGAGCGUCUCGCUGAAUCGGAACGACUCGUCGAAUUGAUGAACAAAUCGUGGGAUGAAAGACUCAGGGAUACGGACGCUAUUUAUCGGGAGCGUCAAAAGGAUUUGGCAGAAAUCGGAAUAUCGGUAGCUGGGUCUGGGAUAAAGGUGGAGAAGGAUCGUUUCUAUCUUGUUAACCUGAAUGCUGACCCAUCGCUGAAUGAACUUCUUGUCUACUACAUCAAUCAACAUGCAAUUAUCGGAUGUCCCGAUCAGGUUGGGUCGCCCCCGUGUGAAGCUGAGGAAAAGAUCGACAUUGUGCUGCAAGGACUUGGUGUACACCAUAAACACGCUCUGCUGGAGAUUGUCAAGGAGGAGGAUGGUCAACAGCGUAUUUAUGUGGAACAAAUUGAUGAACGCGCCAGGAUAUGCGUUAAUGGUCGUGCAAUAUCUCACCGAACAUUACUCCGUAAUGGUUAUCGCCUUCUGAUCGGAAAUAAUCAUUUCUUCCGUGUGAACUGCCCUAAGGAAGCAGUUGAUCUGAAUGCAUCAAUCAUGGAAGAAUCAACAGCAAUGCUGUUUGAUUACGACGAUGCGUGGCAUGAGGUCAACUCGGAUAUGAAUUCAAAUCCAAUAUCAACGGCAGUCGAUCAGUACAUGGAACAGAUCACGAAGAAGCAUGAGGAAGAAAAGCAAGCUGCUCUUGAGCAACAAUACGAAGCGUUCGAACGGUACAUUCAAGGUCUUACCCAGAGUUAUACGCCGUCUACGCCAAUGACACCCGGUGCCGGAUUUUUGACGCCGAUUGGAACCCCUGGCAGUCAGUUUCCCACUGUUGGAUUUCCGUUGAAUCCGAAAUCAAGUAUGCGCUCCAAGUUCUUCAACUGGGCACAACGGAGAGAGGAAAUGUUCAAAGAGAAUUUGGCUCAUCUCAAAAACGACAUCGUCAGAGCGAAUGCACUCGCCAGAGAGGCGAAUAUGAUUGCUGCGGAGUUGUCGAAUUCUCGACGUCAAGUAACCUAUGAUGUUACACUGCAAAUUCCUGCUGCUAAUUUGAGGCCAUCAAAAAUAAAGGCGGGUACAUUUGUCUGUGAGCCAGUGAUUGUCGUGAAACGAGCGGGCAUCAGCGGAUAUCAACUUUGGUCGACGGCUCAACUCGAGAAUAAACUCAUCGAUAUGCGUGAAAUGUACAAUGAUCGUAUGAACGGGUUCUCAGCAGAGGGCGAUUCAUCGGAUGAUGACACUCAACCUCUGCAUCAUUCAUCGAGUGACGAGCAUUCAAGCAUCGAUUCCGAUUCAUUCUUCGAGAGUCAGGAGAAUCAUAGUUUGAUCGGAGUGGCGAAUGUUUUUCUGGAGGUGUUAUUCCAUGAUAUGCGUCUUGACUAUCAAGUACCAAUCAUAAGUCAACAGGGUGAGGUCAGCGGUCGUCUACAUGUGGAAGUGUAUCGGAUCGUUGAUGCAGACACCGAUAUGGGUAUGAAUAGCCUGGAUUUGCUUGAUCCAUCCAGGAUCAACGACCCACAAUGCAUUGGUGCAUCAUUCCUUGGCAAAACAAUUAAAUGUCGAGUGCGUAUUAAGAAGGCGUCUAACCUUCCCUCGUCCCUGUCGCAUUUCGUUUUUUGUCAGUAUUCGUUCUUCAAUAUCAGCGAAAUAUUUGUUGUCGCACCAACUUUUGAUCCAAACUCAGUACCCUCGGACCAAGUUCAUACUCCGCAUAGUUCGAAUUUCCAGUUUGAGCAUGAAAAGGAUUUCCUGGUGACUGUGACGGAAGAGUUUCUGGAAUACGUGCAAGAAGAUGCGCUCUCAAUUGAGGUUUGGGGGCAUCGCACAAGUGGAUAUGAUAAUGAUUUCGCACCUUCUUCAGCUCUCAGCGGUAUCGUUGAUGUUGAGCAAAAGUACAAAAGCUUACAGGAAAGAUGGGCAGAAGUGACUCGACGUAUUGAGCUUCACGUCGAUAUAAGAGAGAUGAACGACAAUGGGCAGUAUGCGUCUGUUGAAGUUCAUCCAUCGAACGACGUCCUUUGUGGAGGAAUAUAUCAGUUGAAACAGGGACAGCAGCGUAGAAUCGUGGCCAGGGUUAAAACGAUCGCUGAUCACGGCAAUCUGCCAUUAGCUUUUGAACACAUCAGUUCAGUCUCGAUUGGUUGUAUUUGUUCAAGGAAUCCUGUUGUUCAGAAAGCGUUGGAUAGCUAUCAAGAGGAAGAUUUGGACAAGAUACGAGAACAGUGGACGAAAGCGUUAACGAAUAGGCAAAAUUAUUUGGAAAGACAAAUAAAUAACCUUUCAACGAAAGGAAACAAAUCGGAGCGUGAAAGUGAGAGAGAAAAAUCACUGAUAAGUCAGUGGGUCGCUCUAACCGAAGAACGGAACGCCGUUAGUCUACCAGCACCGAACAGCGAUAUUCCUGGUGCACCGGCCGAUUGGGAUCCACUUCCAGGUGUGGAGCAGCACGUGCCGGUUCUUUUCCUCGACUUGAAUGCGGACGAUAUGACCGAAGAGAUUCCAUCUGAAGACGGCAGUGUGAGGGUGGCUGGCAUGCACACGAUCCUCCCGAAGGAACAUUGCGGUCGUAUGAUCAUGCUUCCGAUCCUCGAGCAGGAUACAGUUGAUAUAUCUGCGACAUGUUCCUGGGACAGUUCAAUUCAUGAUCAUCCGUCGCUCAACAAACCCUCAGGUGGCAAUGAACAAAUCUAUGCUAUUGUCAAGGUUGUCGUACGUGUUUUGCAUCCGUGUCAGAUUGAUAUAAUUCUUCGUAAGAGAAUCUGUAUGCAUAUCUACAAAAAGGCUAGCUUGACAGAACGACUUAUGAAAAGGAUAGUCGGAACGGUAAGUUUUAAAAUCUCUUCAAAAUUCCUUAUCGCUUUCGCCCCGAUUUUUUGCUGGUUUCGUGCACUUCAGGAUGCAAUUUGUGGAACCUCCGUUCAGUAUGAUGUUGUCGCACACAUUCCAAAGGCAAACAGAGCAACACUGGCCAUGAUGGCUGCAAGAGCAUCACAAAGUAUAGAUGAAGAUGUAGAUGCAAACGACGAUUCAUCGAAAGAUAAGAGGCAGAGUUAUAUCGAAGUUUAUACGAAAAGUAUUCAAGUUGUUGAAAGUAUGUUGAAAUUGGAUCGUUUGCGUCAAGAAGUCGCAAUCAACAGCAUGCUCACGAAGUUAAAGUACGGUCCUCGUAUCGGAUGCAGUUUCUUCACAAGCACUCGUGCCUCUUUUAAGCCGUUCAUGGCAAACAUUUAUCGUUCACUUGCAACCACAAGUAACGGUACUGAUCCAACCACAGAUGGACGUCGUUCCAUGGAAAUGUCAACGUCUUCUUCAGGUGCAUCAUCGAUGGCUCGUCCAACCUUCCUAAAUCUGAAGCCGUUGUAUACUGGCAAACGUAUUAAUAUUUUAUCUUCAGUGACAAGCCUGGUGAGCCCAGUUGCGGAAUCCACAAAAUUGUCCGGCAUUGAUGAGGAACAACACUGCAGUGGGCGACUAAUUGACAAUAUGAGUAAAUCGUCAACAGUACCUGAAACAAUGCAUUCGUCGUUAAUUGGACCAUUCGCAAAUUACAAUGAGAGACAGAUAACACGGCCACAUGCUUACGGGUUUCAACGACGUUUGAACGAGAUGAUAAAGGAUCAGGCAGCUGGCAUGGAUCGAAAUGGGAACGCAGCGAACGGUUCAACGCCAUCUGAUAAUCAAACAUCAGAAAUGAUUCAGUUCGGCAUUGAAUCAACCAAUAAAAUGACAUCUUCACUAGCAUCUGAUAGUGGAUGUAUGAUGGAAAGUGGCAGUUCGUUAGGUACGACAGAUGAAGAACGUAAAGAUCUUAGUAUUGAGGAUAUGACUUCAUUCAAUAACAACAACAACAUUCAUAGUUCUCAACAGUACGUCAUCAAAAAUGAUGCUCGUAGAGCCGCUGCACUUGAUCUCAACAUUUCUGGAUUGUGA